UCUAAGUGCAACAAGUAUUUUUGGAGAAACAAUGGCUCUUAAAAAAUGGUCACAUGAACAAAUUAUAGGAGCUUUAUCUUCUCCCUUUUGUCUAUCUCUUUUGUUCCUUGUAAGUGUGUUGUUUGUUUUUAAGUUUGCCAUUGGAAAAUCUAAAUCCAAAACCAAUCCAAAUCAACUUCCAUCUCCACCGAAACUACCGAUCAUCGGUAAUCUUCAUCAGCUAGGCACACUUCCACACCGUUCUCUUAGAGACCUUUCACUCAAAUAUGGGGACAUGAUGUUGUUGCAGUUGGGACAAAAACAAAAUCCAACUCUAGUGGUUUCAUCAGCAGAUGUAACCAUGGAAAUCAUGAAAAAUCACGAUCGAAUUUUUUCAAACCGACCUCAACAUAUAGCUCCAAAAAUCUUAUUGUAUGGAUGUGAUGACGUUGGUUUUGGACUUUAUGGAGAAAAUUGGAAACAAAAAAGAAAAUUAUGUGUUUCCGAACUUUUGAACAUGAAAAGUGUGCAAUCAUAUCAUUUCGUUAGAGAAGAAGAAGUUGACGAAUUGGUUAAUAAGUUACGCGAAGCUAGCUUGAAUGAUGAAUGUGUGAAUUUAAGUGAGAUGAUUAUUUCAACAUCAAAUAAUAUUGUUUGUAAAUGUACUCUUGGAAGAAAGUAUGAAGGAGAUAAUGAAGGCAACGUGAAAGAAUUAGCAAGGAAGGUUAUGAUUUAUCUUCAAGCUUUUGCAGUUGGAGAUUACUUUCCUUCUUUGGGUUGGAUUGAUGUUCUUAGUGGAAAAAUUAGAGAAUUUAAGGAAACUUUUCGAGAGCUUGAUAGUUUGUUUGAUCAAGUGAUUGAAGAGCGUUUAGCUUUGAAGAAGAAGAUGGAAAAUGAUCAAUUUAAAAAGAAAGGAUUUGUGGAUAUUCUCCUUCAACUCCAAGAGGGUGGCAUGCUUGGCUUUGAGCUCUCCAACAAUGAUAUCAAAGCACUUCUAACGGAUAUGUUUGUUGGAGGAACUGACACAGCCUCAGCAACAUUAGAAUGGGGGAUGUCAGAGCUUAUGAGACAUCCAACCAUAAUGAAGAAAGCGCAAGAAGAAGUAAGAAGAGUUGUAGGCAAUAAGUCAAAAGUUGAAAAAGAUGACAUCAACCAAAUGCAUUAUUUAAAGUGUGUAGUGAAAGAAAUUCUAAGGUUCCAUCCAGCUACUCCUCUUAUGGCUCCACGUGAAACAAUAUCUAGUGUGAAUCUAAAAGGGUACAAUAUUCCUGAAAAAACAAUGGUAUAUGUAAACUCAUGGGCAAUACAAAGAGACCCUAAAAAUUGGGAAAACCCUGAAGAGUUCAUGCCAGAGAGAUUUGAACAUAGCCAAGUUGAUUUUCAAGGUCAAGAUUUUCAGUUUAUCCCAUUUGGUUUUGGGAGAAGAGGAUGCCCUGGAAUGAAUUUUGGAGUAACUACUGUUGAAUAUGUGCUUGCUAGCCUUCUUUAUUGGUUCAAUUGGAAGCUACCAUUUGAAACAAAUUCUAAUGAACAAGAUAUUGAUAUGAGUGAGGUAUUUGGACUUGUUGUCACAAAAAAAGAACCACUUCGCCUUAAACCAAUAGCAUUUUCAUUUUAAUCUACUCUCCAAGUAUUUUGUGGUCAAAGUGAUUAUAUAUUGUUGUAACUUUCAUUUUCUUGGCUUUGUAAGUUCAAAGGUGUUUUUGUUUUGGAUGAUAAUAAUAAUAGAGUAUUGCUCUCCAUUUUCAUGA